AUGAUCAAGUUGCUCUUGGUUGGCGUGCUUCUCGUCGUGUCUGGAUCGGGGCUGGUAGAGGCUGCUGCUAAUUGUACCGUCAGUCAAAAGGUGGAUUGUGGCUACAGCGGUAUCAACCAACAGGGCUGCCAGGCCAAGGGCUGCUGCUGGCAACCCGUCAAUCCUAAUCCCUCCAACCUGCCGUGGUGUUUUUUCCCGGCUGGUGGUCCUGCUCCGCCGUCGCCUCCAGCCCCUCCGUCGCCGCCUGCUCCGCCGGGCCCUACGCCCCCUCCUCCACCCCCGCCCCCGGUGCCCCCGGCCCCCGGCCCGGAUCCAUUGCCUGGCUGCCAGACGUACAACGACAACCAGUGUUCGGGCAACAACAUCACCACUCCUGAUGAGUUCGAGCAACGCCGCUGGGUGACCCCGCCCCGCAAUAGCUCCUUUUAUCAGCCCGGCUACCAAGACUACGAUCGCCUUGUCGGUGCUGCUCACAUCGUCUACACUGACACAUCUUAUCAAAAGGCAACCGUCACCAUCCGCUACCUCCAUCGCGAUCCCAGCGCCACCGUCGUCCUGUACGUCAAUGGAUCCAAGACCAGCAACCUUACUUUUGCCGCGGACGCGACUCGCUACACCACUCCGCUCGAGCUUCGUCUCGAAGCAAGUGACGGUGCUGUCCUUCGCCUCGAGCCUCUGGAUUUCCGCUGGAACAAUGCCCCUCUGCCUUCGCUCGCCGGAGACUACCGCAAUGGCCAGAAAGGCGCCAUUGUGGAGUUCUUCGGUUGGCCCCACCAAGCUAUCGAACAAGAAUGUGCAUUCCUUGCCAAGGCCGGAUACGCUGGUGCCAAGGUCUUCCCGCCACAAGAGCAGGUUAUGAGCUCUCAACCCUUCCAAAAUGACCUGAACCCGUGGUACUUUAUGUACCAACCCGUCUCGUACCGCUUGCAGGGUCGAAUGGGUAGCCGUGACGAUCUGCGGAGUCUGAUUACAACAUGUCGUCGUAUGGGGGUGCGACUCUACGCCGAUGCCGUCGUCAAUCACAUGACGGGUGGCGGCAAUGAUGCUUGGCCCACCCAUCGCAGUGCCAGCGGCAGCAGUUGUACAUACUGGCCCGCCAAAACCUCCUCCGCCUCUGAUCCGAGUCCUUACUAUACUCAGGACUUUAAUUACUUUCAUAGCAACAACACCAACUUGCCGCCCUCGCAAGAGUUUCCAGCCGCGAUGUAUGGCCCGACCGACUUUCAUUGCGAGCGGGCGCUGAACUCCUGGACCGACCCUUUGGACCUCAACGCCGGCUGGUUGACAGGUCUCACUGAUCUCAACACGGAGCGGGACAACGUGCAAGAACGCAUUGCCGACUACAUGACCGACUUGCUGUCCAUUGGCUUCAGCGGCUUUCGUGUCGACGCUGCAAAGCACAUCCAGCCUCCCGACCUGGCGGCCAUCUUUGCCAAACUUGCGCGCAACAUGGGUGGUGCUUUGCCCGAUGACUUUGUUGCUUGGCUUGAGAUUCUUCUUGGAGGCGAGAGCGAUAUGCUAAUGUGCGAUCCCAGCUCGGGCUACAACUAUGGCGCUGGUCUUGUUGAUGCCCUGCGUGCGCAGGGCCUCAGUGAUACGGACAUUGACAAGGUGUGUACGUGGCUGCCGUCUCUCAUGCACGCAGAACUCAAGCAGAUCAAAAUUUGGAAUUCGGGCUAUCCCAAAGAGCCGGAGUUGGGUACCUGUACCAUCAACAAGACACGAUCUGCCAUCCAAAACGAUGAUGCCGACCAGCAAAAUCCGGGUUCAACCUCCCGUGAUAUGGGCAGUGCAGGCUGCGUUUUGAUCAAGGAUUGUGAAAAUGCCGACCAGCAUCGCCAAUUUGAAGUCGAGCUCUUCAACAGUCCACCCGGUGCGGAUGACAAUGACAACGAUUACCCAUUGCGCAUGGUUCUUUCCUCCUUUUGGUGGUACAACAACUCCGAGGGCAUUCCCGACGGUAAAUCAGACUGCAGUCUCUGCACCACCACUUGCGAUGGAUGCCGCAGCGUUCCGUACAUGCCUGCCUAUAACAAUGCCUCCGUGGGCUACGAUCAAUCCGGCUACACCCGUGUGCACCGUGAUGCCAGCAUUAUUGCGGCCAUGCGCGCCUGGAUGCAUUUGAACUGA